AUGGCUGUCGCAAAGCGGCUGAUCUCGGAUGUUCUGGGCCGCGGGGGCAUUGCCAGCAGUGUGCUUGAUGGGGAGGCGUACCUCUUUGGCGGGCAUGAUGGUUCGAUGCCGCUGAAGGUGGUAGAGUCCUUCCGCCCGUCCGACAACCCCGAAGACCGGGGCGACUGGAAGGAGCUACCUCCGAUGCUGGCCCGGCGGACCUACGCCUCGGCGUCUGAGUUGGAUGGCAAGAUUUACGUGAUGGGAGGCAGCGCGGACGGGCGUACGUUGAACACCUUUGAGGUCUUUGACCCCAAGGCUUGCGAGUGGGACCAGUGGUUCACAAAGCCACCGAUGAAUAUCAAGCGUACCAUGCAUGCCGCCGCCGUAGCGGAGGGCCGCAUCUAUGUGGCCGGGGGCUUUGAUGGCAUUCGAGACCUGGCAGCGGCGGAGAUUUAUGACCCCAGGAGCAACAGCUGGAGCUCGCACAUUGAUCCCAUGAACGUGCCGCGGUCCUAUCACAGCAUGGUUACGGCGCAAAAUUCCAUCUAUGCAAUUGGAGGUCAGGAACGGCAAGUCAAGUCGGAUCGUCCGCGUGCCCACAGCACUGUCGAGGCUUUCGAGCUCUACUGCGAACGGUGGCUUGAGGUGCCACCCAUGUCCACGGGCCGGAUCGGAGCCUCCGCCUGCCUCUUUCAGGAUGGAGACGGUCAGGAGUUCAUCUUUGUGACCGGCGGCUCGGAUGGCGACGCGGUGCUGCGGUCUGGGGAGGUCUUCAAUGUCAAAUGGCAGACCUGGGAGGACAUUCCGCCCAUGACGUUCCCACGGAUUGCGCACACCUCCUUUGUGCUCAACGGGAAGCUUUAUGUGGCCGGGGGCAUCGAUGGCAAGGUGCCCCUUGAAACCUUUGAGUGCUACGACCCUGCGGAAAAGUCCUGGAGUGCACCAAUGCGGUUAGGUGCUUUGUGA